AUGUAUUGUAAAAUCGACGUUGAACUCAUUGGGCAAUUUGGGGAAUCAUAUCCAGGUUAUUUGACUGGUUACAAAGGUCCAGAUACUUUUGUAUUUAAAUUUGUUGGAGAUGCAUGUCUUAAUUCUAAAAGUGAAUUAGAGGUGUCUCCUUCUCAGAUUAGACUUCCUCCUAAUGGUUUUCAACAUGUAUUUCAAGGCUGUGAUGUCUCCGUUGGAGAUUAUGUGGAAGUUUUAGCGGGGAAGCCUUCCCAGUGGGAGUCUGUCGACAACUUUCUUUUGAAGCCUUGUGAUCCACCCAUGUCUUGGUGGCCAGCUAGGGUAAUCAAAAAGGGCGGCGAAUUAAUCGUUGUCGAAUAUAGUGAAAUCGAAGCCGCCAUCGAUUCCUCCAAAUCUACUAAACCUAGUUUAGAAUCUGGUUUGUUUAUAAAUCAAGUUCGACCUAGAAGUACUCGGAAUCAUCUUUCUGCAUCGGACUUUCAUUUUACCCUGCUAGAAAUUCCUGGCGAAUUUGUCGAACUAUUCAAGGAUCCUUCUAACAUCGAACAUAUUACUCGCACUUGCGGUCCUUCCAUGCUGUUAUGCGAAGCUGAUGGUAAUAUAGCGUUGCCCUCUACGUUCUCAAGAACCAGCAAGAUUGAUGGUCAACAUGUGACAUUCCUAGCGAUUUUCACCUCUGACAAGGCGAAAUUAAAAGCGGAAACUAUCUUUCCAGAUAUUCCGGAAGUGCUCCGGCGAAAGCAUUUGAUUCUUAAUCAAAUUAGUCAAAUCAAGGAAAUGGCUAUUGAAAAAAAACCCGACUUGUUUUACGAAGAAUUUAGGGUUGAGAAAGAACUCCUCGGUCACUCAAUCGGUGCCCAUGGGACCAAUAUUAAACGCGCUCGCUCGAUAGAUGGCAUUGCUAGCCUUACUCUUGAUCCGGGUACGGGUAUCUUCAAGGUCUCCGGAAAGACUCAAGAGUCAAUUGAUAGCGCCAAGAGAAUACUUGAUUUUGCAACUGACACGGUGGAAGUGCCUGAGAACUAUGUUGGUCGCGUAAUCGGAUUUAAUAACAAUCAAAUUCAGUCGCUAGUUGACCAUAUUGGCUUGGCCAAGAUUCGCAUAUCAGCUCCUGAUGCUUCAUCUAAAAGUGUUUUCUUUACCGUCACUGGUACUCGCACUGCUAUCAAUGAUGCCAAAGUUUUGAUAAGCUUUAUGCUCGAUAAUCUUAAGGAGAUUGACGAGUUGGAGGCCCAAGUUUCUCCCACAAACGGACUUAAUGGAGGUUUCAAUUACCGUAAUAGACGAAAUAAUUAUACCAAAUCUCGUGCUCCGCAUACCAAUAGCAAACAAAUAAUAUCCAGUGGUUUGGACGCUUCUUCGUGCCCCGGCGGUGAACUAAACGGAAACCAAUCUGAUGGUACUGUGAUUCGCCGAUCUAAGCUUCGACAGCGGAAGAAUCAAAAUCCUGCUGGCAACAGUAUUAAUGGAACUAAUCAAUCCACUAGUAUCUCCCGUCAAAUCUCUCUUCCUUCAGAGCUUGUGCCUAAACCUAACGAAGUAUCCCAAAAACAAGAUGCCGAAGAACUAGCAGGCGCUGCUUCUUCUUCAAUUUCUUCUCCCAAGCUAAACGAACGAUCAAAGCGUGGCAAAGGCGGCCACGCCAACAAAAAAGUCUCCCAACAACCGACUGCUGCUCCAGAGCAUGUCCCGUCGUGA